AUGUUGAAAGUUUUUACUUUAAACACAGGAAAAAGUAUAUUUGGCACCUCAGCUUUGCGGCAGAGGCGUUGGGGUUCCGUGAAGACGGAUAACAUCGAUUGGAAGCCUUUUAAGUCAGAGAAGCAGCUCACCUCUCACUCCUCUACGAAACGGGGGUCGAAGUCCAGGAAUGUCGUAUUGGGAUUAUUGUGCCUUACGCCAGUGGUGACUCUGGGGCUUGGUAUCUGGCAGGUUCAGAGACUGAAGUGGAAGAACAAGUUGGUUGCUGAAUGUGAGGACAGGCUGACUUACAGUCCUCUUCCUCUGCCGAAGAGUAUCACGGCAGCGGAUGUGCCUAAUUUUGAAUAUCGUAAGGUAUCUCUUAAAGGCAGAUUUGACUACGAUCACGAAAUGUUUGUUGGUCCUCGUUUGAACGACGGACAGAAGGGUUACCUAUUGGUGACACCUUUUAUACGCUCCAGUGGGGGAGAAAAAGUCCUUGUGGAACGCGGUUGGAUUUCGGAUGACAAAGUUGUUAAAGAAGAUCGUAAUCUUCAACAUUUAUCCUGUCCUGAGGGCGAGAUUGAAAUUGUGGGACUGCUCAAGGUACCACCAGUUAAAGGAAUGUUUCACAUCGACCACGAUGUAGGUGCCCGUUUGUUCCACUACGUUGAUGUAAAUGCCAUGGCUGAUUUCAGCGGUAGUGGAAAGGUUUAUGUUCAAGCCAUUGAAGAUUUCAGAGAUCAUCCAGAAUGGCAGCAUGAGGCAACUGAGCAACCGAAAGGGGAGAAGCCAUCAGGAUGGAAAUUAUGGGGCAAUAAAGACACCAAAGAAACUUCAGCUGCAAAGCCUGUCAAAUUGUCGGACGAUUCAAGCGAAGUUUUUGACCCUAACCAGUUUAGAAGAGCAGGAGUGCCUCUCGGAAAGGAACCCAAGAUCGACUACAAGAAUAACCAUUUCCAGUACGUGGUCACAUGGCUGGGUCUUUCGUUUGCAUCAGCAAUUCUCCUUUUCCUCACUUUGAGAAAGGGAAAGUUCGUUGACCCAACCAAGGAGAAAUUAAAGCAUGCCAGUCGAUUCAAUUGA